AUGUCGGACUUUGAAGGCGACGAUAUGGACGUCGAUGCGCCCGCCAUCGAAUUCAGCGCAUCCAACAUGGCUGCGAAGGGCAAGCGCAGCGCUGCGAAUCUGCCUGUUGAGGCUGAGGACACCCUUCCCUGGGUCGAGAAAUACCGCCCCGACACCCUCGACGAUGUCUCUGGUCACCACGAUAUCCUCGCAACCAUUAACAAAUUCGUCGACUCCAACAGGCUACCCCAUCUCCUUCUCUACGGCCCUCCCGGUACGGGUAAGACGUCUACAGUCCUCGCCUUGGCACGACGCAUCUAUGGCAACAAGAACAUGCGACAAAUGGUCCUGGAGCUCAAUGCCAGUGACGACAGAGGCAUUGACGUCGUGCGUGAACAAAUCAAGACCUUCAGCAGCACGAAGCAAAUCUUCUCCACCGCGCCUGCCCCAAACGCCGGCUCGGCCUCGCUCGCAAGCUUCAAGCUGAUCAUCCUCGACGAAGCCGACGCGAUGACGGCGACGGCGCAGAUGGCGCUGCGGCGCAUCAUGGAGAAAUACACGGCCAACACGCGCUUCUGCAUCAUCGCCAACUACACGCACAAGCUGUCGCCGGCACUGCUCUCGCGCUGCACGCGCUUCCGCUUCAGCCCGCUGCGCGAGCCCGACAUCCGCCGCCUCGUCGACGCCGUCGUCGCCGCCGAAGACGUGCGCAUCACGCCCGCCGCGACCGACAGCCUCGUGCGCCUCAGCAAGGGCGACAUGCGCCGCGCCCUCAACGUCCUGCAGGCCUGCCACGCCAGCAGCACGCCGCUGCGCGAGCGCGGCGACGACGCGGCCCGGGCGAAGACGAGGGCCGACGAGGGCCGCGACACCGUCACCGAGACCACCAUCUACGAUUGCAUCGCCGCGCCGCACCCCGAGGACGUCAAGUUCGUCUUGCGCACCCUGCUCGAGACGAGCAACGUGCGCUCCUGCUUGCAGGACAUCCAGCGCCUCAAGGCUGCAAAGGGCCUCGCCCUCGCUGACAUCUUGUCCGCCUUGGCUGAGGAGUUGGCGAAGCUCGAUGUGCCCCCGCAGGCGCGCGUUACGUGGAUGGAGGGCUUGAGCGAGGUGGAGUAUAGGCUGAGCGGUGGCGGCAGCGAGAUGCUGCAGACCGGCGCCAUGGUUGGCGUGGUUAGGAAUGGUGCGGAGUUGGCUGCAGUGAAGGCGAAGUGA